GUCCGACGCAUUCACGAUCUCAUUGGAUACAGACGGGCAUUGUCGCAUCUGGUAUGCGAACAGCAAGAUAGACGGAACAGAGUGCUGCUUCAGGUAGAAUGCGGCCGUCAGCAUGCCUGACAAUGAGCCGACUAGCCAGGAGAAACAGGCUGCGCCAGCAGUAGCCGCAGCACCAGGGGAAGAGGAAGAGCUCGCAGAAUUGAAGCGCGUGCAUACCAAAGGCAGCGAGAAUCGUGACGAGCCGAAGGCGGAGCCACCGGAAGCCGACGAGUUUGGGCUACCGGUCAAGCCCCCACGAAGGCGGAGAAACUACUCGCUGGACGAGCUGGACAGCCCUGAGAAGAUCAAGAAGCAGAUCUUAGAGGAGACGGAAGGUGGACAGGACAAUCAAGGGGAAUCUGCAAAAAUCCAGGCGAGUGGGGAUGGCGAUCCGCUGUCAUCCGCGAAGAAGGGCGAGAUGUCGGUAGAAAAUGGUACAGAUCCGUCUACACCACGAACUAGCACAGAUGGCAAGCCUCCUUUGAAGCACAUCGAUGCGAAUACCCCUUCCAAAGCUGGGCCGCCUUCUCCCAAUGACGCUCGAUCACCGCAAAGUCCAACCAAGUCGAAGCUACACGGCGCACAGGCAUCUGUAAGCACAGUCGGCGAGUUCUCGCACCAACAGACGGUGCCACAAGAGCCCGUGGGUGAGGCCCAGGACGAGGUCAAAGAUGCCGAAGAGGACGUGUGGCAGGACAUGCCAGCUGUAGCGACUCACCGCAUCUACGAUGAUUGGGGCAAGGUGAUUGCCAAGAGUUUUGAUGAGGUCGAGGACGAAACAGUAGCGUACGGCACUCUCGGUGGAGCUGGAAAAGGCUACACUCGCGUGCAAAUGGACGAAGAUGCGAAGAGUGCAACGUCCAUGGAUGAUAACACCGCAUAUCUGUUCAAAGACCAGUACGGGCGUAACAACGUACUGCAGGACGAAGAUGAAGGUGAAGCGAAAGACGCCAUCAGCCAGCUGCAAGCGACGAAAGAACUUCUGACGGAAGGACAACGCAUAGCAUAUGUAGGCGUAGUCAGACUGGCCCUGCUCGAAAUGCAGAGGAACAUUGACGAGCUGGAGCGCAACAAGAGCUCGCGAAAGCUAGUAGAAGUGGCUAGCGAGGCGCUGAAGAUGUGGUCUCAGAAGGUGAUGAUCAGGUUGUAUAGUCAUAUGGAGAUUGACGCUCGAGAGCAGAUCAUGGUGGAGCAGCUUGCAGAGCAUGGAGUCCUCCCGAGUGAUCUGACACCUGCACUCAUGGCAAACGCAAGGGUCAAGAAUCCUACAGCAGAGUCGACCACGGCGUCACAGUCCAAUUCUGCGAGGCCGUCAAUGGCUUCGCCGCGACCUUCCAGCAUUGCUGGACACCAACUAUCUGUCAACAACUCGGCGCCGUCCUCGAAGCCUGGCACGCCUCAGCCGCCAGAGCCUGAGACUUCACCUGCAGCUUACGAAGAGCAUACCGCGGACCAGUUAACAAUCGAGAAUCCGGACGACUACGAAGACGCCAAAAGUUUGGACAUUGACAUUCGAUGGACGGUGCUAUGUGAUCUGUUCCUGCUGCUCAUUGGAGAGAGUGCUUACGACUCUCGUUCGCGGGUUCUGCUGGAACGAGUUGGUGCUGCACUCUCGGUUCAGUGGCAGGAGAUCUGCCGCUUCGAAAAGCGCGUGACAGAUGCGCUGGAGAUGCAGGAAGAAGUAGAGAAGGAGAACUGGAAUGAAGAAGAUCAUAUUGAAGCACGUCGUAAGGCCGCCAAGAAGAAGCGCAUGGUUGUCAUGGGAUUGUGCACGGUUGGCGGAGGCCUUGUCAUUGGACUCAGCGCCGGCUUACUCGCCCCAGUCAUUGGUGCAGGACUGGCUGCUGGCUUCACCGCCGUCGGUGUCUCAGGUACAGGUACUUUCCUUGGUGGGACAGGUGCAGCAGCGCUCAUCGGCACCACUGGCACACUUCUCGGAGGCAAGAUUGGCUUCGGCACAAGUGGACGGCGCACCGGCGCCGUGAAGACAUUCGAAUACAAGCCACUCUACAACAACAAGCGAGUCAACCUCAUCGUCACUAUUGCGGGCUGGAUGACUGGUACGGUCGACGAUGUCAGGUUACCGUUCUCUACCGUCGACCCGGUUAUGGGUGAUAUUUACUCCGUCAAUUGGGAACCCGAAAUGCUGCGAAGCACAGGUCAGACUAUGCAGAUUCUGGGCACAGAAGCACUGACACAGACCAUCCAGCAGAUCCUCGGAGCCACUUUCCUGACAACCCUCAUGGCCGGACUUUCCACUCCAUUGAUUCUAGCAAAGAUAUCGUAUCUCAUCGACAAUCCGUGGAGUGUUUCAUGUGCUCGAGCUGACGCUGCCGGUCUGAUUCUUGCGGACUCGAUCAUCGAACGUAACCUUGGCGUCCGGCCGAUCACACUUGUGGGCUUUUCGCUUGGCGCACGUGUGGUGUAUGGUUGCUUGAAGGAACUUGCUCGACGUGGCGGAAUUGGGCUCGUACAAAACGUGUACAUGUUUGGGUCUCCAGUGGUUGUCAACAAGGACGACUGGAUCCGAGCCAAGUCAGUCGUCCCCGGGCGAUUCGUCAACGGGUAUGCUACCAACGACUGGAUCCUUGGCUACCUCUUUCGAGCCACUGGAGGCGGUGUCAUGAGAAUUGCAGGCCUCGGAAAAGUGGAUGUCAAUGGCAUCGAGAACAUCAAUGUCACGGAAGAUGUGCCAGGACAUAUGGCGUAUCGUGCAAUGAUGCCUACCUUGCUGGACAAAGUUGGCUGGGCGGUCGAGUCGCUUGAGUAUACGGAGAUUGAGGAUCCCGAUCCUGAGAACCAUGAGAAGAGACAGCGCGAGCUGAUCAAUGAGAUUGAGGAAGCGAGACGGCAGCUUGAGGAACAGCCGGAGAAGAAAGGGUUCAAGUCAUUCUUCUCGAGAAAGAAGAAUACACAGAAGAAAGCAUGGGAGACUUACGACGAGCGUAAUGCCAAGGUUCUCGAAGGUGAUGAAAAAGAGGCAGAGAAGUUGGCGGAAGAGAAUGCCAACGUCAUGUUCGACGUUGAAGCCAUCCGUCGCGAAGCUCUAGCAUUGGCUAUCCAGAAACCCGGUGAUAUCGAGGAGAUCAAGAAGCAUCUGAAUGUGCGGGAGCUCCAAUCGACGCUUCCUGCGUUGAAAGUGAAUCUCGAGAAACACGAAUCUGCGAGUAAUGUCAGCACUCCCACUAGCGCGACACAACCAACAGUGGCGUCCACCCAUUCGCAGUCUCACGAUAGCACGACCAACUUCCCAGCCGCCGGGAACAUCACCAACGGUGCGCACAUGACCAAGGAUAACAAUGAAGGCGACAUCUCGAUGACGUUUGAGUCACCCGAACGUCCUCACACCUCCUUCAACACCCGCAUUUCCGACCUUGGAUCAGCGCCUGCGUCACGUUACGCAACUCCCGACCCCUACUCAUCGCAAAAAGCCACGCCCGAGCCCCAUCGGCCCGAGACUGCGUGGGAGCAGCCACGAUUGACAGUGGGAGAGGCGAGUAGGCACACUUCUCAUCGCAGUGUGACUAGUCCUCUGCCGCUGACGAGUAGUUCGGAUUACGACUACAAUCCUUGGGGUGCUGGCACUGAUGCGGAUGAUCCGGAGUUUGGAAAAGAGAAGGAGGUGAAGAUGACUUUUUAGGGUAUAACACUGCAUGUAUUCAUUCAUUCCAGCGUUGAAGUCCAUGUUGGGGUUGGGGCGGUGCAAAUUGAAUUGAGCAUGAAUCGAAUUCGCUUGCAUAUUUCCAUCAUUCAUGCGCUCCCAGGAGGUGGGUGGGCAUUUGUCGGCGUAUGUGCAUUUCUGGGGAAUGAUGAAUGGGUGGUGUGGUGGCUUCAUGAAAGUGCAUCUAUGGGACGAAAUGGAAUGGACUCGGUUGAAGAAGGAGGAGCAGGAUUGCAAUGCAUGUCUUACGACCCAAAUUGUUUUUUCCGCCUAUUUUUCCAGAUUACAAACAACGAAGCGCGUGUGUCGUUAGAAUAGCA